AUCACUUUAUAUACAUUUGUUUUAAUGAAUGAAAACCAAAUUUUGUGACUGAGAAAAUUAAUGAUGUCGCAGAUGUUACUUAAAUAAAACAAAUUAUGUGUAAUCUCCUAACAUCAGCUAUGGAGACUAAAGUAACUAGUAAGACCAGCAGUCUUAAAGCUCUUUUACUACGAGCAUGGAGAGAACGUUGGAGUGAUUUACAAUGGGGUAUUAAUAUCAAAACAAUUUUGCCAAGGGGUGUUAGUGGAGAUGUAUAUAAUUUAGCAGACUGCAUAUUACAGCAGGCACUAGUAGGACUUGGACCAAAUCAAUUAGUACUAUCAUAUUUGAAACAUUCUUUAAGUUCUCAGUUGGUCUCUUAUGCUGCUGUGUUACAACGGAUAAGUAAAUAUGAUGCCUUUCAUAAACCCCACUGUAUCCUAAGUCUUCUAGAAUUUUUAGAAUCUAUACAAGUAGGAAUAACAUGUCGUGGUAAACCAGAGGAGGAUCUUUUGGCUGCUGCAGUAUUAUCCAUAGUACAUUGGUUAUUACAGUGUUAUUUGCACACUUUAACAAAAAUGCCACAGAAUAGUCCAUUGACACCACAACCAACAGAGCUGAUGGACAAACCUGCCAGUAUAAUGAAACAAAUGCUCAGUUCUGAUUUUCUCUGUGCUAUGAUGUAUUUAGCAAAAUACGAUGACAAAGAUUUGUAUAUAGAAGUUGUAAAGAAAUGUCAAGAGAUUGAAGCACUGUUGAAGACUAGUAAUCUAAAAUCUUCUGUUCCAAUAGAAGAUUCUCUAAAAAAAUUGUGUAAUCUAGAGGUUGACUGUCUAGCUUUGUCUCCUGAAAUGUCACAAAUGGAAUCUAUAACUCAUUGCCUGCAACCUUUAUUCGCAGUUCAAGUUUUACUAAAUCCUAGUACGGAAACGUCUGUAUUUGUUAAUCAGAUGUUGAUGGUUCAAAGGCUUAAAAAUUAUACAAACGCGAGAUUGUACUGCGAGAUAAUUCGUGCAUGUUUAAUGUGCUUGCACAAUGUUACUAGUACAUUCAAAGAAUCACAGUGGGGUGCAUUUACGUUCCUAAAAGUACCCCUUAUUUUGAAAGAGUUGCACGUGGCGCACUCAAACGGAGACGAUAAAUUGGAGUAUUCACAAGAUAUUCUAGACGCAUUUGAAUUAUUACUCCAAUUCACACCACUUCUUGAUAUAGUGGAUACUGCGUGUUCCUGCAAUAGCGUGGAGUGUUUGUUAAAUGCAUUGCAAAAAGUAAAUUUAGUCACAGAAAAGCAGACAAAACAAUUAAGCGGCAGAAGAGAAGGUGUUAUUGCAACGUUACAAAAAUUAGAAUCUUCCACGUCCACACCUUCUAUUCCUAAAGUAAUCGUACGAGCAGAGCCAACUUUAUCUGGAAUAUUGAAAACUCUCAACGCAGAUUACACCAAGAUUCACGAGGCGCUACUUAGCAUGUUAUAUCAGGUUCUGACGGAAGAGUGCAGCAAGCAAAUUAGUGAACCUGUUCCACCAAAGACUGCAGCAACAAGGGCAAUGUUGUUUGAUAUAUCGUUUCUCAUGUUGUGUUCUAUAGUGCAAACUUAUGGAUCUGAUGCCGUUUUAGAAGAAGGGGAAGGAGACUCAUUUUUCGAGCAGUGGGUGCGAGAAUGCAUGCCUGAACGAAAUCAACCAAAAUCACCUCAAAAAAUGUUGCAAAACAUUGAUCCUACUAGGGUAGAUGCAUUGUUAGCACAAAUCAAUUCUCCAGAUCCUGAUCUGAAAUCUAGUAAUAUUAAGUGGCAUAUCGCGUGUCAAUCAGCGAUGGGGGCUGUAAAAGAGCUUCUGUGUGCAUGGGAAAGCGAUGUACUUGGAGCUAGCGAUGUUAAGAGAGCUUUGGAUGGUUUACGUGCAACUGCCUGUUGUUUACCGGUUUGCGCGGCAGCUUGGCUGUGUGCAUAUAUGAGUAUUACUCAUCAAGAUGCUCUUCUGAAACCACUGAACAUGGUUCAACAUUUUUUGACACCACUUCCUGGGGACGAAAUGCAAGAUAAUCUUAAGGAACGAUCAAGUUUAAUGUCUCAAAUCAUUCGCAAAAUGCAGUAUGAUGUUCAUCCUCCUACUCAAUCAAAAACGAAGGUGCUUUCGAUGUCUCAUAGUAUUAUAUCGAGACAACCUAUAUUGGAACAGUUAGAAACAGUAUGGGGAAACAUAAAUCAGCGAGGAUGGAUAAAUAUUCAAGCGACGCAAUCUUUGGAGUCUUUAUUAAAUACCGGUGGUUCUUUGUGGUUUGUGACGAAUAUAGUAAAGGAAGUCUUGAAAUAUCGUUAUCAGGAGGAAUUGGACCAAGCAGUAGAUUUAGCCUUUGCCAUUUUUCAUCUCGACAUCGAAAAUUGUACCUUAGAUCUCAUCAACCAUAUCAUUCCACAAUAUUUAUAUAACUCAUUACAAAGCGAAGAACUCGUUGAACCACAAUCUUCAGUGCUAGCGAAGUUGUGCGUGUACUGUAUAUUUUCUACGUUAGAAUACAACAAUUCGAAUCCUUGUCGUGGGAACAGUAGGAAACGAGUACGUCGAGAUCUAGAUGCGGAGGAACUCGAUGCCCUUGGUGUAUCAGCAAAUAAAAUUCUACGGUUAAAUGAGGCCGGGGAUUCCAAUCCUAUAUUUGGCUCACAGAGUCCGCAAGCUCAAGGAUCUACCAAUGGACAGAAAUCGGUUGUGUUGAGAGAUCCUCUCUUGUCAGCAUUAAAUGGAUUGUUCACGAUAUUUACAUUUCUAGCUGGCAGAGAUGGCGAAGUGUCCCAACAGACCCAUUUUAUACUUCAGUUUCUACGUUUGAUGGUGCAAUGCGGUAAAGAUAGAACUCGCAUUGUGUUACAGGGAAUGCCGCAAACAUUGGUACCUUGCCUUUUGAAAGCGUUGCCCGAAUUGUUUACGACUGAUAUUCUGUUAAGAUUUUACGAUAUUCAGAUAGCAGGUGGACGAAAAGCAACGGCACGUGAUUUGUGCAUGCUAAGAAAUAUCAAUCUAAAAUCCUCGAAGUAA